AUGGCCAACGAAUAUGCUCAAGGUCAUAGUGGUGAAGCAAUUAAAGCCAUGGGUCUCAUGUAUGAAAUCACCGGGAAUAAAAGUAUACUCGAUCGAAUGGUGCAUUUUGUUGAUGUACUUUUGUCACAGCGCAAUGAUAUUCUGCCACCUCCAAAAGGUCAUCGCACGGCUUGGACGGGUACUAUUGCCCCUAUAUGGCCAGGCAAUACUGGUAGUCCAGCAACCGGAGGUGCUGAACAGGGCGAUUCUGUUGGACAUCUCGCGUACUGUGCUCGACUCAUUCUUACGAAAAAGGAUUUGUGGAACAUGAGAGUUAUCGACGGAGAUCCAUUUCAUCAUGGUAAUACUUAUCUGGAACGUGCGAAAACAUAUCUUGCCCAAGCAGACGUGACAAUAUCACAAUUUCUCUUUGCUCAUCUUCUUCAUCUCAAAGACAAUAAGCAUUACUUCUUUGCAAAAGCAUCGCCAUAUAAGAGUGGAGAAAAUCUACCCUGGAAUCAACAGAUGAUGAUCUCGUAUGGCCUACAAAAUGCUGCUGUCGCUCAUGAAAUUCUUAGUGCUAAUGCAACUCUUGUCAAGGAAUAUGAUGAUAUUGUCCAAGCUAAUCUCCAGUGGUUUUGGUCUCUCGUGCAAAGAAAGACAAUGAAUAAAAAGCAAGUUUACAAUUGGGGUUAUUCUCCUAGCCAACAAGGUGGUGAAGAUUCUAAUCAUGGAAGCCUUGAUGUUGCCGGUUUCUGUCGUGCAUAUGCUCUCAACCGUUAUAAUAUCACUCAGACAAUGAUGAUACCGUUUGCCAAUAUGCUUGUCGAAGUGAUGACGCUUCCAAAUUCAAAGUACGCUGGUCGAGUCGAUGGAACGAGUGGGCAAGGCCAUGCUGCAAGUACAAACAAUAUUCGUAGUGGAUAUUUAUGUUUAGCGUAUUUCACUCCUAAUUACUAUACGAAGAUUAUGAGUGCUGAUCUUAUUGAGGGGGGCACAACACGCAGUCCUGAUGUAUUUUCGCGCUUCGAAUGGGUUAAGAGCAAAUUAUCUACACCAAGCUGA